AUGAAAGUCUAUAUUACCAUAAAGUUUGGUCAAGAUCUUAGGUUCAAAAGUGUUAAGGUACACCUUAUUUAUUCUUGUGUUGUGGCUUUGUUUGGCACUGCUUAUUUUUUUGCCUCUCUUCUCUUCUUCUUGCUUCUCUAUCCUUCUCUUGGUGUUGAUGUUGUUGGUGCUGGUACUGGUGCUGGUGCUUUGAACUCUGCUCUCUUCCCUCCUGCUCCUCCUCCCCCCAACUAUUUUCGCAUUUUUGACCAUUUGGCAAGUCUUUUCUCUGACUCUCACUUCCUCCUGUCUGAUCCUCUCCUUCUAGCUCCCUUCCCUCCUCUUCCCUCAAGAAUUUUCGCAAUUUUCACUAUUUGUUCUCUUGCCUCUUCCUCCUGUAAUUUUCGCAUUUUUGCCUGUUUUGUAGUUAUUAGUUUACAUGUAUUGUAGUAGUUGAAAUAUAAUUUGGAAUUUUCGCUUU